ACGGUCCGGUUUCCGGUUCCGGCCGCCGCCAUUUGCAGCGGGAGCGGUUUCUCCGGUUGUGGGGGACGCUCCUGAUUUCCCGGACUCUAGGCCCCAGCUCGACCCAGCGGCCAGGAUCCCAUCCGUCACCCGGGAGGAUGGAGCAGGUAGCGGCCCCGGGUCCGGCCGCCGGAUCCCAGCCCUGGAGAAGCCAGUGUCCUUGGGUGUCAGUACCUUCCACCGUAACUCCCUGCUCCCUUUCUGAUGUAAUGAGUGAAGAGCUUGCCAAAGAACUGCAGCAACAAGAGGAGAGCGCAGCAUUCCCUCAUGCCAUUAGUAUUGAUACAACAGCUCUGAUUGGAGAAGGGACUGAAACCUCCAGUGAUCUCCUGCUAGCACAGAUGUUGCAGAUGGAGUUUGACCGAGAAUAUGACGCGCAACUUCGCCGCGAGGAAAAUAAAUUUAAUGGUGACAGCAAAGUAUCUAUUUCAUUUGAGAAUUAUCGAAUGGUUCAUCCUUAUGAAGACAGUGAAAGCUCAGAUGAUGAAGUCGAUUGGCAGGAUACACGGCACGAUCCCUAUGGACCUGAUAAACCUUCACCAAUUGCAAAACGAGGAUUUGUGGGAAAGGGCAAAGAGAUUACUACCAAGCACGAUGAAGUGACCUGUGGCAGAAGGAAUACUGCACGAAUGGAAAAUUUUGCUCCAGGGUUCCAGGUGGGCGAUGGCAUCGGGAUGGAUUUGAAGCUACCUAAUCGUGUCUUCAAUGCACUGAAGCAGUAUUCUUAUUCUGAACAGCGGCGCAGUGCUAGAAUUCAUGAAACAAAAGAACAUUCUACUUCUGACCAAGCCAUAGACUCAAAAACCCGCUUGCUUCUGUACAAAAUGGUGACUGCUGGGGUGUUGGAAAGCAUCAAUGGUUGCAUCAGCACAGGCAAAGAAUCUGUGAUCUUCCACGCUAAUGGUGGAAGCAUGGAUGAGAAAAUGGUCCCUGCAGAAUGUGCCAUUAAAGUUUUUAAGACUACGCUUAAUGAAUUCAAAAACCGUGAUAAGUACAUCAAGGAUGAUUACAGAUUCAAAGACCGCUUUAGCCAUUUGAAUCCUCGCAAAAUCAUUCGUAUGUGGGCUGAGAAAGAAAUGCAUAAUUUGAUCAGAAUGCAGGCAGCUGGAAUUUGUUGUCCAGAGGUGGUUAUGCUUAAGAAGCACAUUCUGGUGAUGUCCUUCAUUGGUCAGGACCAUGUGCCAGCUCCUAAAUUGAAGGAUGCUAAACUCAGCUCUGAAGAUAUGAAGCGGGCUUACUACCAGGUUUUGGAUAUGAUGCAGCAGCUGUACACAGAAUGUAAGCUUGUUCAUGCUGAUCUGAGUGCUUACAACAUGUUGUGGCACAUGGGAAAGGUUUGGUUGAUUGAUGUCAGUCAGUCUGUAGAACCGACACACCCUCAUGGGCUCAAGUUUCUCUUCAGGGAUUGCAAAAAUGUUUCUCAGUUCUUCCAGAAGUCAGGAGUUACAGAUGCAAUAGGUGAAAGGGAGCUUUUCAAUGCUGUCUCUGGUUUAGAUAUUACAGCAGAUAAUGAAGUGGACUUCCUGGUUGAGAUUGAAACUUUGGAAAAAAUCAAUGAAGACCAUGUCCAACAGAUGGGGAAGCGUGUGAAGAUGACUUACGAAUGUGAAAUUCCAGAAGAGGAUUAAAGGAGGAGUGGCUUUUAAAUGGUUUUUGCAGACUGAUCUUUACAAGCUGGAAUUUGACAACAAUGGAAAUUUGUGCAAUUUAAUUUGAUUUCAAAUUAGAGUAUCAAUAGAUUUGUAUCAUUGGUAUUUGUGACAGAAAUUAGACUGGUGUGAUGUUGAAGAUGCUGCUGCAGUUCUUUCUCCUUACACUUUGUAUGAGUUGGGAGCUGUGACUGUUUCUCUUGUGUUAGCAAAGUUUCUAACCAAAUAAAUAACACACCGACUUUAAA